CCCUUUCAGUUCUAGAUACCAGACUUCUAUGAGAUAGGUAUGCAGAUUAUCCAAAAAAGAAAGCAGAGGAAGCAAAGCACAUGUCAGCAGUGAAAGAUAGCCAAAAAUCUUAUUCUAAGAACGUGGGCCCUCAGAUAUCCACCAUGGUGUUGGGUCCUGGACAAAAGAUGUCAGAUGAAAAUGUGUCUGAAGAUCAUGGGGACUCUGCCAGUCUUGACACCAUCAGCCCUGCCUGUAGUAAUUCCUCCCUUCCACAGUCCACUGGACACUCAGAGGAGCCUUUUGCCACCUACUUUGACGAGAAGAUUGCCAUUCCUGAGGAGGAGUACUCUUGUUUCAGCUUUCGUAAACUCUGGGCGUUCACAGGACCAGGCUUUCUCAUGAGCAUCGCCUAUUUGGAUCCAGGAAACAUUGAAUCUGAUUUGCAGUCUGGAGCAGUGGCUGGAUUUAAGUUGCUCUGGGUCCUUCUGUUGGCCACUGUGGUGGGGCUGCUGCUCCAGCGCCUUGCAGCUAGACUGGGAGUGGUCACCGGGCUGCACCUUGCUGAAGUGUGUCACCGUCAGUAUCCCAAGGUCCCACGAAUCAUCCUGUGGCUGAUGGUGGAGUUGGCUAUCAUUGGCUCAGAUAUGCAGGAAGUCAUUGGUUCAGCCAUCGCCAUCAAUCUCCUGUCUAUAGGAAGGGUUCCUCUGUGGGGUGGAGUUCUCAUCACCAUUGCAGAUACAUUUGUAUUUCUCUUUUUGGACAAAUAUGGCUUGCGGAAGCUAGAAGCGUUUUUUGGCUUUCUCAUCACUGUUAUGGCCCUCACAUUUGGAUAUGAGUAUGUUACAGUGAAACCCAACCAGAGCCAGGUACUCAGGGGCAUGUUCGUGCCAUCUUGCUCUGGCUGUCGCACCCCACAGGUUGAGCAGGCUGUGGGCAUCGUGGGAGCCGUCAUCAUGCCACACAACAUGUACCUCCAUUCUGCCUUAGUCAAGUCUAGACAGGUAAACCGGGCCAAUAAACAGGAAGUUCGAGAAGCCAACAAGUACUUUUUUAUUGAAUCCUGCAUUGCUCUCUUUGUUUCCUUCAUCAUCAACGUCUUUGUGGUCUCAGUGUUUGCUGAAGCAUUUUUUGAGAAAACCAACCAGCAGGUGGUGGAUGUCUGUAAAAAUAGCAGCAGUCCCUAUGUCGGCCUCUUUCCUGAGAAUAACUCAACCCUGGCUGUGGACAUCUACAAAGGGGGUGUGGUGCUGGGUUGUUACUUUGGGCCUGCUGCCCUCUACAUCUGGGCAGUGGGGAUCCUGGCUGCCGGACAGAGCUCCACCAUGACAGGAACCUAUUCUGGCCAGUUUGUCAUGGAGGGAUUCCUGAACCUAAGGUGGUCACGAUUUGCCCGAGUGAUUCUGACUCGCUCUAUUGCCAUCAUCCCCACUCUGCUUGUUGCUAUCUUCCAAGACGUAGAACAUCUUACAGGGAUGAACGACUUCUUAAAUGUUCUGCAGAGCUUACAGCUUCCCUUUGCUCUCAUACCCAUCCUCACAUUUACAAGCUUGCGGCCAGUGAUGAGUGAAUUUUCCAAUGGAAUAGGCUGGAGGAUUGCAGGCGGGCUCUUGGUCCUUAUUGUCUGUUCCAUCAACAUGUACUUUGUAGUAGUUUAUGUCCAGGAACUAGGGCAUAUGGCCUUGUACGUGGUAGCUGCUGUGAUCAGUGUGGCUUAUCUAAGCUUUGUGUUCUACUUGGGUUGGCAGUGUUUGAUUGCACUGGGCUUGUCCUUCCUGGACUGUGGGCACACGUAUCACCUGGGAUUGACAGCUCAGCCUGAACUCUACCUUCUCAACACCAUGGAUGCUGACUCACUUGUAUCUAGAUGACCAGUAGCCUGAGACUUCUUGUAUACAAGAACUGCUUUGUCUGUGCCCUUUGUGCCGUGUGUCUGUUAACAUCUCUGUUAGUGCAGAGGUGAGUUUUGCUCAAGCACUUUGAACAAAAGAUGAAGAUUUCCUUAUGGGAAUGGUGUUACAAGCUGACAGCUCAAAGUGUAGGUCAGAGUCACACCUACCUCACAGCAGCCAUGUCACAGAGUUAAUAACUGGCCUGUAAUGGCCACACACCCUAUGGGCUUAUGUCUUCUAAAAUUUAGAAAAUAUGGAUAUAUUUAGGUAAACCAAAGCAUAUCAGUUAGGUGGAAUUUUAAGAUUAUCUGAAAGUGAUAGAUCUUUUUUGUAUUUUUUUAAAAAGUCUAUUGUUCAGGGAAGUCUAGGGCCAGGGAGAUAGUUCAGUGGC